AGUAUAAAUAUAUAUACAUACAUAUACCUAUAUCCCUUUCUUCAGUCACGCGUUCAUUACAUUGUAAUUCUUCCCAACUUCAAGGACGAUUGAUUAUCUAGGAAUAAUAAAUAAUCAAGAAAAGUACUCAACCAUUGACAUGGAGUGCACUAAGAAGGCAACGGAGACAGUGACAAGCAUGGCAUAUCAAACAUGGCCGAUGAUAACUGAAUCGAUUGAGAAAAUAGAGAAGAAGCUUGAUCAAAAUAACGACCAAGAAUGGAAUCAAGAGGACCAAAUGAAAGCAUCCUUAGCUGUAAAUAAAAUCUUCUUGGCAACACCCUACGUAGAAAUUUGGGAGAAAUUGACAAAAGGACUUCAUACGAAAUAUGCGAAAGUUUUGAUAAAUAGGCUUAUGAAAAAGGUGAUUCCUUCAUUGGAGCAGAAGAGAACUUCCAAGUUAUUGUUUCACCAAAUUUUGGAAGAAUGGUCAUUAUUUGACACUUACACGAGAAAUGUAUUGAUAAUUUUCAUGCCUGUUGAGGAAAUGGGACGUAAUCCUAUGGUCUUAGAUUUUAAUCCUUUGCCAUUACGUGUAUUCGCAAAACUCCUCUUCUGUAGCAGGGUCUGGACCGAAUUUCACCAUGAAAUUGACAAUCUAUUACCUGAAAUGAUUGAUGCAGGGAUGUUCACCAAAAAAGAUGGUAAAGAUGAUGAGGACAUUGAGAGGAUCCGACUCCUUCAUUUCUUUUAUGAAAUGUAUCAAAUGCAAUAUACGCAGAUUGGAGAGCUGCUACAAACAACUUUUAAUAUUUUGAAAGAAAAGAAAAUAGUUUCUUAAUUAGUUAUACGCAUUUCAUUCCAUAUCGAUAACUGUAUAUGGGUCUUUAUUUGUCAUUUUUUUAAAACAUGAUCAUCAUCAUGAAUUUUCUAUUCUUUUGA